AUGGAUAAUUAUACAUUUAUAUAUGUUGAUUCAUCAUCUAAAUGGCUCUUGAGUCAAGAACAAGUGAAUAUAGCCAUAUUCCUUCCAAAUUUUGGCAUUUGGGGGGCAAGAAACAACUUAAUUUUCAACAACUCUCUUGCUUCCCCAAAUAACAUCACUCUCUCUACUGCCUCUGUUGGGUCCAACUAUAGAAGAAACAAUCAGAUAGCUUCAAAGAUAGGAUAUGAGUCAAUCGGUACUAUCACUUGGAAACCCCCUCCAGCUGGCCUCUUUAAACUCAACUUUGAUGGAUCAGUGAAGGGUCGUAAUAGUGCUGCUGCGGCCUUCAUCAUCAGGGAUUCUAAUGGGAGGCCUAUCCUAGCUGGUACCCGUAAGAUUGGUGUCACUUCAGUACCUACUGCUGAGGGUUGUGCUCUUAAAGAUGGUCUCAUCCAGGCUCUUUGUCAAAACAUCAAAAUAAUUCAAGUUGAGGGUGACUCACUCCUCAUUUUCAACUGUAUUAAUCGAGCUUGUGCCUCGCCUUGGAGAAUCAGAUCAUUGAUCUCUGACAUAAUCUGGCUUGCUGCGAAAUUUGAGGUCAUUUCCUUCUCCCAUAUCUUCCGUGAGGCCAAUUUCGUUGCAGAUGCCAUCACUUCGACGGGUCAUAAUCUUUCUCAUCCCAAGAUUUGGUUGGGUUCCAUUCCAGAUACGGCCUCGUCCGCCCUGCUUCUAGAUUCUGUUAACCUUGGUUGUCCAAGGGGUUUGUUGUUGUAA